CAAAAGGACAGGCUUGAUCUUGUUAUGACAAAUGCGCAGAAGUUAGAAUUGGAUGGCGCCGCAAUCAUCCAAAAUAUUAAGGAAAGGUUGAAAUUGAAAGUUUUGUUGAUACCGAGUGAUGGGAGGGUCGAGCCCAGAGGCGAGCUGCUUAAUUUCUUUGUGUAUUUUUUGAGUGGUUUGAGCAUAAAUGGUGUCAGUAAGCUUCUGAAUGCAAAGAGAGUAAAGGAAGACAAAAUAGGGGCAGCAGCUAAUCAGCAAGGAAAUGUUGAGAUGGCAUCCAUUUCUAAUGCAGCCGUUGGAACGAACAAGGCUUCUUCCUCGAUUAAGGAUGCAGCACCCGUGAACCAGAAACAGAAGGCUGUGGAGGUGUGCAGGGAGAGAAGUGAAGACAGCAACGACGAUCACUAUAAAGGGAAGAAGCCGAGGGUUACUUGGAAGCUAGCUGCAUUCUGCAGCAAUCCUCUCUGUAUCGACACAUCUCAGGAGCCAGACUUGCUCUCCUCGUACGCCUUGCAAAACAAGAGCUUACUCGAAGGCCGCGACUCCAGCGAGGCAGCUCCAGGCCGCGACUCCAGCGAAGCAGCAGCGGUAGUCGGCGGCGAUCUCUACUCCGGGCGAGCAGCAGCAGCUCCAGCGGCGCUCGUCGGCCCAAGCGGCGGCGGCGACGUUGGACUUCGCCGGAGUCAGAGAUGGAGGGAGAAAGAGCCGAACCGUUAUUGA